CCGGAAUUGAGGGGCGGGAGACGAUGGUGUCAGGCGCCCGCGUGGGAGAAAAACAUGGCUUAUUUUGCAUUCAACGAAGACCCCUGCAUUGCGGCGGCUUUACAUGUGAUUUACACUAUGCAUGAUUUGUAGCGAAUGGAAACCACUGGGCCUGCGCCGUAGCCAUCACCUGCCGAGACGCUUCCGGUAGCAGCGCGUGAUUUGACCAAGCUUUUUCAAGUACCUCUCCGGCUAGCACGAGAAGCUCCGUCAUUCCGUCACUUCCGCUCUUCCAAGCCGUUCAAUAGGACAGAGACUGGAGCGGCCCCGGAAGUGAUGCCACGGAGUUUCUAGCUUUUUCCGGUUCCGGCCUGGGGAGAUUCCGUUUUGGCGACAUGAAGCUGCUCACCCACAACCUGCUGAGCUCGCAUGUGCGGGGGGUGGGGCCCCGUGGCUUCCCUCUGCGCCUCCAGGCCACCGAGGUCCGCAUCAACCCCGUGGAGUUCAACCCCGACUUCGUGGCGCGUAUGAUACCCAAGGUGGAGUGGGCGGCGCUUCUGGAGGCGGCGGAUACCUUGCACCUGGUCGAGGUACCCAAAGAGCCGAUUGAAGGGUAUGAGCAUGACGAGAAGUUUCUGAGGAAGAUGCACCACGUGCUGCUGGAGGUGGAUGUGUUGGAGGGCACCCUGCAGUGCCCAGAGUCUGGACGUCUGUUUCCCAUCAGUCGUGGGAUCCCCAACAUGCUGCUGAGCGAUGAGGAAACUGAGACUUAAUCGUGCGAGUCGCUAGUUUUUCAUUCUGUAACUGUGUUCAAGGUCAUGUGUAUCCCCAACCCUUGAUUCAGUGAUACGCAAAACAGUGUUCUUGAGCUUGAUAUAUUUUUUUUUUCUCAUUAAAGGUUCAAAACCAAAA